AUGAAGUUCAUUAUUGCUACCGCUGCGCUCGUCGCAACCAGCGCUGCAUCCAAUAUCGUUAGGCGUGAGACAACAGCCGCUCUCAAUGCGGCGUUCACUGCCAGCAAACCAUACGCCAAGGUUGUUAACCGCUGCUCUUACCCGGUCUAUUUGUGGUCGAUCGAGCAGGAGAUGGGCUGUGACACGGAGGCUGGUAUCGUGCUGAAGACUGGCGAAAUCUACCACGAGAAUUUCCGAUCGAACGCUGCCGGAGGUGUUUCGAUCAAGCUCUCCAAGUUCGACACAUGCGGCGGAAAAGAUAUCACUCAGUUGGAGUACAAGAUUGUAAACGACCAACCUGGUUACAACGGCAACUAUCUGGACAUGUCUUUCGUCGACUGCACAGACAACAUCGAAAACUGCCCUGGCCGUACCGACGGAUUCUACAUGAAGUCUGGAAACGAGGGUGGCAUCCACACCAGCGCAGUCAACAACGAGCACUGCCCCAUCUUCAACGUCUACGACUCUGAGGAGGCUGCUAAGGUUUCCUACAUCAACUGGAACGAUCGUCAGACCAAAUACUGCCAAGCCGAUGCCAACCUUCAGCUUUUCCUGUGCGGUGGAGAGGCUCCAGGCGCCGAUGAGGACACCCCCUUCGCAUCGUCUUCUGCGUCUGCGUCCUCUUCUGCUGAGAUCGAGAGCAGCUCUGCUCAGCCUACCAGCACUAGCAGCUCUUCUGAGGAGGCCGCUCCUUCUACGACCGAGGAAGCCAACUUCGUUGUCGCCGCCGCCGCCGCCGUUACUGAGGCUCCCGCCGCCCCCGUCAUCAAGACUGAGGUUGUCUACGUCACUGAGUUCGUCAAGGCGAGGCACGCCCACGGCCGCCGCCACCAGCACUUCCACGCAUAA